UGUGGGGCUGUCGCCGCUGUCGCCGCUGUCGGGUGUGAGCGCCCCGUGCCCGCCGGGGGGAUGUCGGGCCGCCUGCCGCGGCAGGAGGACGGGGAGAGCGCGGCGCUGCGCCACAGGGAGGAGCUGAGCCGGCAGAUUAAAGAGCAGAAGGUUGUAGUAGAUGAGCUUUCUAAUUUGAAGAAGAACAGGAGAGUUUAUAAGCAGCAACCCAACAGCAACAUAUUCUUCCUUGUGGACCGAACAGAAACGCUGUCUCAAUGCAAAAAUACAUUAGAUGAAUUAAAGAAGGCACAGCAGGAGAUGGAAAAUUCAGAAAAAGCUAAAAUGAAGAAAUAGUUCAUGUGAAUCCCAAGUCACAAUGUGUGGUAUUUGUUGUGUUGUUACUUUGUGUAGCCAACGUGUUAUUCCUGAUUUCCUCAGCGAAGACACACUCCACCGUCUGAGAAGAAGAGGACCAGACAGUAGCCAACAGUUGAUAAAAACUGUGUCAGAUCUCUCUUACAAAUGUCUGUUUUCUGGCCAUGUACUUCACUUGAGGGGACUGGUGACUCCUCAGCCUCUAGAAGAUGCCAAUAACAAUGUUUUUCUUUGGAAUGGAGAAGUUUUCAAUGGAGUGCAUGUAGGAGAUCUAGACAAUGACACUCAAGUAAUGUUUCAUCAUCUCACAUUAUGCAGGAGCGAAGAGGACAUUUUGUCACUCUU